CGACAUGAACGGUCGUAAACUGUGAAAAUGCGCUUCAGUUAUGCAAGACCGGAUCUCGGCCUGUAUUUAUUAUUGCUGGUAAACUUAAAUUUCAAACUCGGGGAAACGGCCAACAUCCUGGGCUUAUUUCCAUACCAGUACACUUCGCCCUUUCUGGUGGUUAAGCCAUUUGUUCAAGCGCUUGUAGAACGAGGACAUAAUGUUACCUUGAUCACAUCAAAAUCCAUGCCUGAUGUUAAGGGAAUUCGGCAUUUACGCGUUUCCAAAUUAAACGAACGCUUUCAAGAAAUGUUUAAAGGUGACGAAAAAUUCGAUUUUUUGAUCAACAAGUGGAGGGAAAGCAUUUUUGGUGCUAAAAUAUAUUUCCAUAUGUGCCAGGAAAUUUUAAGUGACGAUGCCGUACAGAGAAUACUUAAAGACAGAAACGAGCACUUCGAUCUCAUCAUGAUGGAGGCCACCAAUUUGGAUGCACUUUGUGGACUUGUGGAGUACUACAAUGCCACUUUAGUUGGCUUGGCUUUCUUGAAUUUCAACUGGUACACUGAAGAGCUGGCAGGAAACCCCGCUCCGAGCAUCUACGAACCGAUUUCCCCUAUUGGAUAUUCUAGGGAUCACUCCAUGCUGAGCAGAAUUUAUAAUUGGAUUCAUAUCACGGAGGAAAAGUUGCUGGAGAACCUGAUUAUCCUACCAGCUCAACUGCAACUCUUCAAAAAGUUCUUCGGCUAUUCGGAGCAAAAGUUCUACGAGUUGCGUAAUAAGUACUCGGUGAUCCUAGUAAACGAUCAUUUUAGUAUGGGAAAAGUGAGAGCCAAUGUACCAAAUAUCAUCGAAGUGGGAGGACUACAUCUCAGUGAACCCCCAGAACCAUGUGACGAAAAUCUGCAGAGAUUCAUGGACGAAGCGGAGCAUGGAGUGAUAUAUUUCUCCAUGGGACUAGAUAUAUUGGUUCAGUUUCUGCCGGAGAACAUGCAACAACCUCUGAUGCAAUCAUUUUCUCAAUUGAAGCAGCGUGUUGUGUGGAAAAAUGAACUCUUCAAUAUGCCUAACAAAUCGGAAAACAUAUAUGCGAUUAAAAAGGCCCCUCAGCGCCACAUUUUGGAGCACCCCAACAUUCGGCUUUUCAUCACAAAUGGUGGAUCGCUAAGUGUAAUGGAAGCGGUUUCCAGCGGUGUUCCGAUGCUUGGAUUGCCAGUGUUUUUCGACCAGUUUGGUAAUUUGCAAUGGGCACAAUUAGCAGGAAUGACCGAAGUGCUGGAUGUUAACACUCUGAAUGCAGAAAUUUUGACCACCACCAUUCGGGAGCUGAUUGAGAACCCAAAAUAUUCUCUGAGGGCCAAGGAAAUGUCAAAUACUUUUCGGGAUAGACCCAUGAGUCCUUUGGAUACAGCGGUUUGGUGGACAGAAUACGCCUUACGGAAUCGGAAUGCCGCACUUAUUCGCCUCAAUAAGGAGGAUAUUUCCGUGAUGUGGUACUAUAGAUUGGAUUGUCUACUUUCCUUUGGGCUCCGUUUUUUAAUCGUUUUUGGUUCGGUGUUAUAUCUGAUCUGGAAGGUAAUACAAAAGAAACGUGAGAGGAAGAAAACAAAAGAGUUAAAGAUGCUACAGCUAACAUCGCAAUAACACUUUUUUUUUUCUUUAUUUAUUUAUUUAGUGCAGAAUCUGUACAGCAAAUUAAA